AUGGCGGCCUUGUGUAAGGUUGUUUCCAGCCUCAGGUGUGGAAUUCGGUUCACCUCCUCCAGGCUCAUCACAAACUCCUUCAGCUCAGACUCCAGCGGUUCCUCUGGCAGCGAACAGCCCGCCGCGGACAGACCCAGAUCCGGCUUUGCGGCCGCCUUCGACCUGCAGUCGGAGCUCCGGCGGGAGGCGGAGAGCGCCGCGGCCGGCAGCAGCGACUCCUCCUCCGUCCAAGAGAAUGACUUCGCUUCGCUGCUCCGCCGGUCCCCGCUGAUCCAGAUGGGACCGGCCAAAGACAAGGUGGUGGUGGGGACGAUCUUCCAUGUGGUCCAGGACGACCUGUACAUCGACUUCGGCGGGAAGUUCCACUGCGUGUGCCAGCGGCCGGCCGACGGAGAGAAGCUGCGGCGGGGCAGCAGGGUCCGUCUGCGGCUACAGGACCUGGAGCUUACCGCCCGCUUCCUGGGAGCCAGCACCGACACCACGCUGUUGGAGGCCCAGGCCGUUCUGCUCGGCCCGCUGGAGGGAAAGGAAGGACGGGAGAACCAGAACUAGGACUGAGCGGGGAGACUACCUGCAGUUAAAUCACAGGUUUUCUAAAGGGAGUCUGGCAGCUUCAGGACUCAGACUGGAGGAGUGACCCUGAACAUCUCUGUUUGUGUCCCUCAUGAAGAAGAGUGGAGCGGAGGAGCUGUGCUGCUGUGUUCAGUUUGUUGACUGAUGUGUUUGAUUCAGUCCUUUAAGUUCACUCGAACCAAAAACUCUUCAGAAAUGUGAAGUUUACAUCUGGACUCAGCUGUUCUGGACUCACACCUGUUGCUGAAAGUAGAAAUACUCAUGAUCCUUCACAUUUCUGUCAUCUUUGACUUGUUCUCAAAAUUAAAUGUAUUCCUCACAGUUUUAACUCAUUGUCGUUUUAUUUUUGCCUUCCUGAAACAUUUGGACUGACCCUUUAAAUAUUCCUCUUUAACUCUUUAACUAAAUGUUCAGGCAGGCUAAAGAGCUUCAAGUGUUAUUGUUACAUUAACAAAAGUGUCAUUA